AGUUCACAGAGCGAGCAUGGAAACUGCACUUCACGGUGGACGGCCGAGUGCAUCACCAGCCUUGGUGCUCUUCCUCCUCUCAAAAACGGGCAAGAUGUUGGCGGGCUGCUCGCUGCUGCUGCUCCUCCUCGGACAGACGCUGGUGCUCCCAGCUGUGGCCAGACAGCGGCCUCAAACCAGGACCCCGGCCCGGGGCAGACACUGGCGGACGCAGAUGUCCCUGCUGGAGAGAUCCUGCGAGAAUAAGCAGGCAGACCUGGUCUUCAUCAUCGACAGCUCCCGCAGCGUCAACACCCACGACUAUGCGAAGGUCAAGGAAUUCAUCGUGGACAUCUUACGAUUUCUGGACGUUGGUCCUGAUGUCACUCGCGUGGGGCUGCUCCAGUACGGCAGCACAGUCAAGAAUGAGUUCUCCCUCAAGACCUUCAAGAGGAAGUCUGAGGUGGAGCGGGCUGUGAAACGGAUGCGGCAUCUGUCCACGGGCACCAUGACGGGACUGGCCAUCCAGUAUGCCCUGAACAUCGCCUUCUCAGAAGCAGAGGGGGCCCGGCCCCUCAGGGAGAACGUGCCACGGGUCAUAAUGAUUGUGACAGACGGGAGGCCACAGGACUCGGUGGCCGAAGUGGCCGCAAAGGCACGGGACACGGGCAUCCUGAUCUUCGCCAUCGGCGUGGGCCAAGUGGACUUCAACACACUCAAGGCCAUUGGGAGUGAACCCCACGAGGACCACGUCUUCUUGGUGGCCAACUUCAGCCAGAUAGAGUCACUGACCUCAGUGUUCCAGAACAAGUUGUGUACCGUCCACAUGUGCAGCGUCCUGGAGCACAACUGUGCCCACUUCUGCAUCAACACGCCUGGCUCAUACGUCUGCAGAUGCAAACAAGGGUACAUUCUCAACGUGGAUCAGAAGACCUGCAGAAUCCAGGACCUGUGUGCCGUGGAGGACCACGCCUGUGAGCAGCUCUGUGUGAACGUGCCCGGCUCCUUCGUCUGCCAGUGCUACAGUGGGUACUCGCUGGCCGAGGAUGGGAAGAGAUGUGUGGCUGUGGACUACUGCAGCUUGGAAGACCACGGAUGUGAACACGAGUGUGUCAAUGCAGAUGGCUCCUACUCGUGCCAGUGCCGUGAAGGAUUUACUCUUAACCCAGAUAAAAAAACAUGCACAAAGAUAGACUUCUGCGCCUCACCCAAUCACGGUUGCCAGCACGAAUGUGUCAACACUGGCAAUUCCUACUCUUGCCGCUGCCUGAAAGGCUUUACCCUGAAUCCAGACAAGAAGACCUGCAGAAGAAUCAACUACUGUGCGCUGAACAAACCGGGCUGUGAGCACGAAUGUGUCAACACUGAAGAGGGCUACUACUGCCACUGCCGCCGGGGCUACACCCUGGACCCCAAUGGCAGGACCUGCAGCCGGGUGGACCACUGCGCACAGGAGGACCACGGCUGUGAGCAGCUGUGCCUGAACACGGAGGAGUCCUUCGUCUGCCAGUGCUCGGAAGGCUUCCUCAUCAAUGAGGACCUCAAAACCUGCUCCAGGGCAGAUUACUGCCUGCUGAGCGACCACGGCUGUGAAUACGCUUGCGUCAACACGGACAGGUCCUUCGCCUGUCAGUGUCCCGAGGGCCGCGUGCUCCGUGGUGAUGGGAAGACCUGUGCAAAACUGGACCCUUGUUCUGCGGGGGACCAUGGCUGUGAGCACUCAUGUGUGAGCAGUGAAGACUCAUUUGUGUGCCGGUGCUUUGAGGGGUACGCACUCCGCCGCGACGGCAAGACCUGCCGGAGGAAAGACAUCUGCCAAGACGUGGCCCAUGGCUGUGAGCAGGUGUGUGUGAGCAGCGCCACGUCAUACACCUGCAAGUGCUUGGAGGGGUUCAAGUUGGCUGCGGACGGGAAGCGCUGCAGAAGGAAGGACGCCUGCACCUCGAACUCACACGGCUGCGAGCACAUCUGCGUGAGCAAGGGCGACUCCUAUGUCUGCCAGUGCUCCCAGGGCUUCGUUCUCGCCGAGGAUGGCCGGCGCUGCAAGAGAUGCACCGAGGGCCCAAUUGACCUGGUCUUUGUGAUUGACGGAUCCAAGAGCCUUGGUGAAGAGAAUUUUGAGAUCGUGAAGCAGUUCGUCACUGGAAUCAUAGAUUCCUUGGCCAUUUCCCCCAAGGCCGCCCGCGUGGGGUUGCUCCAGUACUCCACGCAGGUGCGGCCUGAGUUCACCCUGCGGAGCUUCCACUCAGCCAAGGACAUGCGCAAAGCCGUGGCCAACAUGAAGUACAUGGGCAAGGGCUCCAUGACCGGGCUGGCCUUGAAGCACAUGUUCGAGAGAAGUUUCACUCCGGCGGAGGGCGCCAGGCCCCUCUCCGCGCGCGUGCCCAGAGUGGCCAUUGUGUUCACGGACGGCCGGGCCCAGGACGACGUCUCCGAGUGGGCCAGCAAGGCCAAGGCCCAUGGCAUCGCCAUGUAUGCCGUCGGCAUAGGAAAGGCCAUCGAGGAGGAGCUGCAGGAGAUCGCCUCGGAUCCCACCGCCAAGCACCUCUUCUAUGCAGAGGACUUCAGCAGCAUGGGCGAGAUCAGCGGGAAGCUCAAGGAGGGCAUCUGUGAAGCUCUAGAUGACUCUGAUGGGAGACAGGACUCCCCAGCACAGGAGCUGCCAAAGAGGGUCCACCAGCCAACAGAAUCUGAGCCAGUCACCAUAAAUAUACAAGACCUACUUUCCUGUUCUAAUUUUGCAGUGCAACAUAGAUACCUAUUUGAAGGAGACAAUCUUUCACAGUCCACACGAAAGCUUUUCCACUCCACAGAGUCUUCAGGGGAUGUUCUGGAAAAAAAGCACGACCAAUGCAAAUGUGAAAACCUUAUCAUGUUCCAGAACCUUGCGAAUGAAGAAGUCAGAAAAUUAACACAGCGCUUAGAAGAAAUGACACAGAGAAUGGAAGCUUUGGAAAAUCGCCUGAGAACCAGAUGAGGAUGAAAACGCUGUGCCUGUCUGUACACCGUGGUGCCAAGGGUCACAGGAGGCCCAGAGUCCCACAGCUCAGCUGUUACCAAGUCUGUAAUGUGCAGUAAACACAACCAGUUCUGAGGAAGCUGGUUUGCUAUACAACAAAGACGAAGAGUACACACUAACUUGUAUAAAUUUAAGAAAACAAAUGUAUCAGUAUCCCAGGAUGUGUUUACCAUGAGAAUAAACUACACAGUGUUCUGUAACGUCCUCUGGACACGCUCUGCUUCUGCCCCAGCCAGCCUUAGCAUUGCAUUCUCAUUUGACUACAAAACACUUCUCAGUCCUCCUUCCAUUAGUCACUGGCCGGCCACAGGAAAUGCUGUUUUGGUAUCGGACUUUACCCUGAUAUAUGUAUACGGAUGCAUACAAAUCAUAGGACAUAUGUACUUAAGUACCAAGUUGAAUUUUUUUCCGGUACUGGGGAAUGAACUCAGGACCUUGUGCUGACAAGGCAGGCGCGGUACCCCUGAGCUAAAUCCCCAGCCCCAACAGGUUGAAUGUUUUAUACAAUAGUAAAAUUCACUUCAGAAAAUGGCGUUCUGUGUAAAAUUAUUGUUUAUCUUCAAAUACAAGAUAUGCAUACAUGAAAAUGGCCAAUAUAUGAAAAACUGGUUAAUCUUACUAGUCAGGAAAAUGCAGAUUAAAGCAAUACUAUUUUUGGGCUAGGGAUUUAGCUCAGUGGUUCCACCACCUGCCUCCCAAGUGCAAAAACCA